UAAAGGGUUUUAAGUUUAGCUCUGCCACUCUCUUUAUUAAUUAAUUUAUGUAUUUAUUAUCAUUAUUUAUUUAUUAUGCUUCAGCACUGCCGCUUUAAAUCUCCUUUGGAUGUUUAUUUUGACGUCAUGUAGGACCCGGAAGUGCAAAGUGCAAACUAAUUUCGCACAGUAUUCAAUAUAACAGCGAUUUAAUAAUCAAAUAUCAACUUUCUUCGGUUACAAAUGAUAGCAUUAAAACCUCACAUCAGUUGUGUUGAAUGAGGAGCUGACGUUGCCUGGUUAAUUUGCGUCGAUUCUGUGUUCUGAUGAAGGCCCGAUGAUUUGACAGAAGUGUAGCCGGCGGAAGUGAGCUCAGGUCAGAUGAGCUCAUGUUCAGACACCUGCAUGUGCGGCUGCUAACAAACUCCCGGAGAUCAGAAAUGUGGCGUUCGGUUUUAUAAAGCAUUACAGAACAAACACAGAUCCACGAUGGCGGAUCGAGGAAACAGGAAGUUCUCUCCGCGAUACCGGAGACAGAGGGAAGCAGAUGAAGCCGAGCGAUGGAGGAGUCCGCGUGGACGAGACGACAUGAGCCACGAACACACUUACAGUCCCAAAAACAACAGAAGAGCCAAAGCGUCUCUGUCCUGCAGCUCUCCGGAAGGUCCAGGGUUUGGUCAGAGUCCGUCCCACAGAGAGCGAGUGCAGAGGAGUUCACCUGCCGACCGGAGGAACUGGAGAGAUCGGCCGCGAGAUGGACAGAAACACGACGGAGCGCAGAGCUGGCGGGACAAGAGCAGGUUUGUGUUGAUUGAUAGCUGCCUCACGAGACGGGACGUUUUACAGCUGUGUUUGGAAGCAGAAGGCAGCGAUUGUGACCCCAAGGAGUCAAGCGUCAGCCUGAAGUUCAGAUGUGAUAAAUGUAAGGUGUUUUGUGAGGACAUCUCGCCAGCUCUCAGUCACAUCAGAGAACGCUCCCACAGGAAGAAAGCCAAGGAACUGCAGAAACUGGCGCUGCUGUUGAGCAUCCCUCCUCCUGCUAAACCACACUGUCUUUCUGUCAGCUCUGCACUGGAAAGCAUCGUCACUGAAUUUGGUUUAAAUGAUGAGGAUUUAAAACAACGCCAAAAUAUUCUGGCACUCAUUGAAAAAGUCCUUCAUCCUGUUCUUCCAGAAUGCCAGUUCAGGUUAUACGGGUCUUCCAGCACCAAAUUUGGCUUCAAAGAUUCUGACGUAAACAUUGAUGUCAAGUUUCCUUCCCAUUUCCAGCAUCCUGAUAUCCUGCUUGCAGCUCAAGAGCAUCUUUCUAAAAGCUCUCUUUUUGACAGUGUGGAGGGAGACUUUCAUAGGAGGAUGCCUGUAGUUGUGUGCAAAGAGAAAGCAAGUGGACUAAUCUGCAAAGUGAGUGCAGGCAAUGAAAGCGCAUGUUUGACAACAGCGUAUUUGUCAGAGAUGGCGGAUCUGGAGCCUCAGCUCGUCCCGCUGGUCAUUUGCUUCAGAUACUGGGCAAAGAUUUGCUGUGUGGACCAGAUGGAAGAAGGUGGACUCCCUUCAUAUUGCUUUGCUCUCAUGGUCAUCAGUUUCCUGCAGCGACGCAAGGAGCCCAUCUUACCGACAUACCUAGAAUCUAUGGGUUUUCCCUUGAGUAAACUCAAGAGUUUCUCCCUAACCGGGGUUGAAAAAGGACACGUGCUUUGGGUUUAUGACCAAACAAAUGAUUCAUCACUAGAUAAAGACAAAGCCGUCAAGAAGGGAAAGGCUCCGCUGGCUUUCAAAAGCCGAAGUCCUGUGCUGUUAGGAAAGCUUUGGAUUGAGCUGCUACGGUAUUACGCACUGGAAUUCCAAAUACCUGAGAAAAUCAUUAGCGUGCGCACAAACGGAGAGCUGUGGCGGGAUCUAAAAGACUGGCCCAAAAAGAGGAUUGCAAUAGAAGAUCCAUUCACCGUCCAGAGGAACGUGGCUCGGACGUUGAACAGUCAGACGAUGUUUGAUUAUUUGUUGCAUUGCCUCAAAACAACUUACAAGUACUUUGCUUCUCCUUCAAAAAGCACAGCGGGGAAAAUGAGCACAAGCAGUCGAUCUGUGAGUGUGAACCAUGCUGAUUCAGUGAAGAAGAGCGCAAAAGUGUCAUCUGAGGGUCUGAACGGGCCUCGUGUCAAAUCCAGUCCACACAGUGCUGAAGAUCUGGAGGAUUCAGACUGCUUGAUCGAGCAGGACGAUGAGGAGGACGAGGACAGUGAGGGUGAAGAUGAGGAAGAAGAUGAAGACGAUGAUGAUGUGGAUCUAGAUGAAUCUGGCUGUGAACAUUCGGGCGAUGAGAUCUUCCCCUUUGAGCGUGAGAUGAGCGAUGAUGUACUCUCUGAUGGAGAUCCGGAAGAGGCAGAAACUGUCCCUAGCAAACCCAAAGCAGAGUCCACCAAAGCGGAGUCAACUGCAGGAACACAGUCAGACUCCGAAAGCUUUCAUUACGUCUUCAACAAGCGGUUUUUCACUGAUGGCAAGUCGCCGGUUCAGAUCUGCGGCGUCUGUAAGAGCGAUGGACAUUUGAAGCAGGACUGUCCCGAAGACUUCCAGCGAGUGGAGUUGGAGCGCCUUCCUCCCAUGACUCGAGACUUCCAGAAGAUUCUCAGUGACGUCUGUGAGCAGUGCUACCGUGACUUCGCACCAGAUGACGUGGAGUUAAAAGUCAGAGAACAUAUUUUACAAGAUUUUGAGUCAUUCUUGAGAUGUCAAGUGCCAGGAGCAAAGUUGGUUUUAUUUGGCUCAUCAAAAAAUGGCUUUGGCUUUAAACAGAGUGAUUUGGACAUCUGCAUGACUUUAGAAGGCCACGACACAGCAAUGGGCUUGGACUCCAUGGCUAUUAUUGAGAGUCUUGCUAAAGCGCUGCGCAAACACCACGGCCUGAGAAACAUCCUUCCUAUUACUACAGCGAAAGUCCCAAUUGUGAAGUUUUACCACACCAAAACUGGACUAGAAGGAGAUAUAAGCCUGUACAAUACUCUGUGUUUUGUGGAAGUCCAGAUCAAUCUUUUAGAUCAUAAACAGUACAGCUGUGUUUUGCUGCUUGUGUGUUUGCAGAUCUAUGAUGGCAAGCAGAAGCCGGUGGUCCCUGUCGACGGCUGGGAUGUGUAUUUCUUUAAGGAUCUGAAGAACUUGCACAGACACUGGCCGGAGUACAAGAAGAACCGGGAGUCGGUGGGUGAGCUGUGGCUCGGCCUGCUGCAGUUUUACACUGAGACCUUCGACUUCAGGGAGUCUGUGAUCUGUAUCCGCAGAAAAGAGCCGCUCAGCACCUUCAAGAAGCAGUGGACAUCCAAACACCUCGCCAUCGAGGAUCCGUUCGACUUGAGUCAUAACCUUGGAGCUGGUCUGUCCCGGAGAAUGGCCAGUUUCAUCAUGAAGGCCUUCAUCAAUGCCCGCAGAGUUUUCGGCUCUCCCGUCCGAGUGUUUCCUCCAGAUUACUCCAAUAAAAUGGAGUAUUUCUUUGACCCAGAAGUGCUCACUGAGGGAAAACUUGCACCCAAUGACCGCUGCUGCCGUAUCUGUGGGAAGAUUGGCCAUUUUAUGAAAGACUGUCCGAUGAGGAAGAGGCAAAGACGUGAUAAUCCCGAUGGUUUCUUCAGUGGCCGUGACAUGAACCGAUCCAGCAAAGUAAUGACAGACGGCAGCCCGUAUAAAGACACACGGUGGAGGCAGAAAGAGGAGAGAUGCUGUUUUCUGUGCGGCUCCAACUCUCACAUCAAGAGAGACUGUCUGCUGUCCAAGUCUAUAGAAUCCUCUCCAAACACCUACCAAAGAAGUCCUGCAUCAGACAGGGACAGGGUGGAAAGUCCUCAUCAGGACAGGAGGAAGAAGAGGAAAGCCAAAAGGAUGAUUUUGGGUCCUGAAGCCGGUAGUCUUUCUAACAGACACUCAUCCUUGAGUACAUCUGUGGAGAAGUGGAGCCCUUUUAAGUGACCCUCAGAAGUGAGCAUCAGGCUGAAGAGUGUUGAUCUCCAGUAUUAUCCAGUUAGAACACCUCCAUGAAUGUGCCUUUUACAGGUGUCUAAUUUUUAGUUGUUUUUCUUUUCCUUCCUCUAUUGUGGAAUGAAUUUGACGCUUCAUUUUAUCUGUUUUAAUU